AGCAAUCCUUCAGAAUGCUGAGCACAGUAUGGAAGUCAAGCGUCUAUACACUAAGAACAAAACUGCGCAUAUUCCGCACAAAUGUAAAAUCCACCCUUUUAUAUGGAUGCGAAACAUGGAGGUCAACGAGCUCAAGCACACACAAACUCCAAACCUUCAUAAACAAGUGCUUGAGAAUGAUCUUGCGCAUAUUCUGGCCAAUGACAAUCUCCAACGAUGAGUUGCACCGUCGAUGUGAUGAAACUCCCAUUAUAAAUCAAAUACGCAAGAGAAAAUGGGGGUGGAUUGGGCACAUCUUGAGAAGAGACGCCGGAGAUAUCGCCAGAAAUGCGCUAGAAUGGAACCCACAGGGGAAGAGAAGGGUUGGUAGACCGGCCAAUACCUGGCGAAGAUCCACAAUAGAGGAGCUCCGAAACCAAAAUAUGGGCUGGAACGAAGCAAAGGCGGUUGCCCGAAACAGAGUCCGUUGGAGGGCGCUUAGUGAGGCUCUAUGCUCCACAUAGGAGCCAAGAACAUUAUAUAUAUAUAUAUUAUCUGAGGUAUUUUUUGAUUUCCUUGUAAAUAAUUAAACAUUUCUAGACUUCCAAUUGCUAUCAGCAAUACCGUAAAUAUUUUGGUAUUGAUAUGUAUUGUUUUUGUGGAAAUAUACUAUGAUUACAUACCGGAAAUAUGUAAAAGAAACACUGUUAUAAUAAACAACAGUAAAAAUCAAUCCCCACUUUAGAAAACUUGAAAAAAAACAAAUACUAAGUAACAAAAUAAAUUCAUGCAGUCGAAAUAAGUAGACAUAAACAUAGAACUCCACAGAUUGAUGUAAAAAUAAAAAUUAAACAAGAUGAAACAUAAAUUAUUGACUAAAAGUGAUCCGGAGCUAAAGAAAACUGUAAAAGUUCGAUAUGUGUGGUCAAACAUCAUGGUACUCGGAGUUUUACACCUUGCAGGAUUAUACGGCAUGUUUCUAAAGUUCCAAAAUAUACCAGCAGAUAUUUUCAUGAUAAUUUAUGGAGUAAUAUCAACACUGGGCAUCACUGGAGGUGCACAUCGUCUAUGGGCUCAUCGUUCAUACAAAGCUAACACAUUAGCACAAGUUAUUCUUAUGUUUAUGGCGACGUGCACCUAUCAAAACAGUAUUUAUAUUUGGGCGAGAGAUCAUCGCUUGCAUCAUAAAUGUUCUGAGACUGAUGCUGAUCCUCAUAAUGCAAAAAGAGGAUUCUUUUUCAGUCACGUCGGAUGGUUGAAUGAAAAACAUCCUGAUGAUCAAAAAGGCAAAACAAUCGAUAUGAGUGAUUUACAAGCUAAUAAAUUAGUUAUGUUUCAACAUAGGCAUUAUUAUCUCUUAGUUCUGUUGAUUGCAGCUGUGUUGCCAUCUUGUUUCGCGCAUUACGCACUUGGCGCAUCGUGGAAAGUCGCCAUUUUUCGUGUAACGAUUUACAGAUAUAUUAUUUCCGUUAAUUUGGUAUGGUGCAUCAAUUCUUUAGCACAUUUAUACGGAAAUAAACCAUAUGAUAAGAAUAUAGGACCAGUCGAACAAGGUUUUAUGCGUGUGGUUGCCUACGGUGAAGGGUUCCAUAAUUAUCAUCAUACAUUCCCACAGGAUUACAAAACCGGAGAAUUUCACAACGACACGCGUAAUUUAACCACAAUCAUGAUUGAUUGCUUGUUUUGGUUAGGCUGGGUCACCGACAGGAAAACUAUAUCAAAGAAUAUCAUCGAUGCAAAAUGCCUACGUUCAGGAGGAAACAAUCGAGAAAUCAAUACAACAAAAACUCGAAAAAUUAUUAAAAACAUUAAAUAUUUAACUUUAAACAUAAUAUUCUUGUCUAUUAUAUAAAAAUAGAGAAAUAUUAAAUUAAUUAUUAAUUAAAUUAAAUUAAAGGAAGAUAAUAAAUUUUA